AUGAAAGUCGCUAUUGUGUUUAUGGGCUUGAUCGCUCUUGGCUUCUCGUUGCCGCAACCGAAGAAGAGCUUCGUAGAAAACUUCCGUGAUUUCCUUGACAUAAUUAAGGACGAGGCUGGUCAUGAUAUCGAGCAUUUGUUCGAGCAUUACAUCGAAUUUGAGGAGUUCCAGCGUUCGUUUGACUACCUCACCACGAAGGACUUCAGAGACUUGAUCUAUGAGAUGGAAGACCUGCCGGAAUUCAAAGCUGUGGUCGAUUUCCUGGAAAAUGACAACAUUGACAUCCAUUUCUUUAUUGAUAUUUUCAACGAAAUGAUUGAAACUAUCGGUGAGAGAGUUAAAAGGGCCCGACACACUCUUAGCGGACGCGACUUCACUUCCUACAUUAACGAUAUUAUCGGUGAAUUCCCCAAGGAUAAACUCGCAGCCUUGUACGAACAGAAACUCGCUGAGGACGAAGAAUUUAGAGUAGCUCUUGAGAACCUUCAGAGCGAGGAAUGGGACGCCGUGUUCGGUGCUCUGUGGGAGAGUGAGCAAUUCAAGGCCGAAGUUGAUACCCUUGCUGAACACGGUAUUGACGUACACGUCCUCAUGAAAGAACUCUUCGCCAUCUUCGGACAAAAUAAUCCGGGAAAAAUGAAAGUCGCUAUUGUGUUUAUGGGCUUGAUCGCUCUUGGCUUCUCGGUGCCCCGACCGAAGAAGAGCUUCGUAGAAAACUUUGGUGAUUUCCUUGACAUCAUUAAGGACGAGGCUGGUAAUGAUAUCGAUAAUUUGUUCGAGCAAUACAUCGAAUUUGAGGAGUUCCGGCGUUCGCUUGACUACCUCACCACGAAGGACUUCAGAGACUUGAUCUAUGAGAUGGAAGACCUGCCGGAAUUCAAAGCUGUGGUCGAUUUCCUGGAAAAUGACAACAUUGAGAUCCAUUUCUUCAUUGAUAUUUUCAACGAAAUGAUGGAAACUAUCGGCGAGAGAGUUAAAAGGGCCCGACAAACUCUUAGCGGACGCGACUUCACUUCUUACAUUAACGAUAUUAUCGAUGUAUUCCCCAAGGAUAAGCUCGCAGCCUUGUACGAACAGAAACUCGCUGAGGACGAAGAAUUCAGAGUAGCUCUUGAGAACCUCCAGAGCGAAGAAUGGGACGCCGUGUUCGGUGCUCUGUGGGAGAGUGAGCAAUUCAAGGCCGAAGUUGAUACUCUUGCUGAACACGGUAUUGACAUACACGUCCUCAUGAAAGAGCUCUUCGCCAUCUUCGGACAAAACUAA